AUGAGAACGAUGGUUGAUUUUGGAAAGCAAAGAGAUCAUCAUCACUUGCAAAUCAUAACCACUCCAACCACCGUCGAUUGCGCUCGUGAUUACCGUCUCCGACGAACUCUCCGAUCACUCAUCGAAUGCAUGCUCCCAUAUUGCUGCACUUACCAACAACCUUCUCCUUCGUACCAGAACGACACCGUCUCAGUCUCUUCCUCUACUUCCUCCUCUUCCUCUUCAGACCACUCCUCUUCCUCUACUCAUAGUAACACCAUCGUAAGUGGGACCUUUUUCGGACACCGACGUGGCCGAGUCAGCUUUUGCCUUCAAGACGCAGCCGUGGGAUCUCCACCGCUUCUCCUCCUCGAGCUAGCUGUUCCCACGGCGGCGUUAGCCAAGGAGAUGGACCAAGCCGGUGUUCUACGCAUAGCCCUAGAGUGUGACCGUCGUCGGAGCAGCAGCAGCAACAGCCGUUCGUCGUCGAUCUUUGACGUUCCAGUGUGGUCCAUGUGUUGUAACGGAAAGAAAAUGGGAUUUGCCGUGAGGAGGAAGGUGACGGAGAAUGACGCCGUUUUCUUGAGGAUGAUGCAGUCUGUUUCAGUCGGAGCUGGAGUUGUGCCGUUGGAUGAGGAGGAGCAGACGCUGUAUUUGAGGGCUAGGUUCGAGCGAGUCACUGGUUCGAGUGACUCGGAAUCUUUUCAUAUGAUGAAUCCUGGUGGUAGUUAUGGACAGGAGCUUAGUAUAUUUCUUUUGAGAUCUUGA